AUGGAUUCGUUUCGUCGGCCAUCGCGUUAUCGUGAUCUCUCCAAACCUGCGUCCUUCCACAGUGGUCUGAGUUAUGCCCAAUGUCAUGGUUUCGCCGCUUCAAGUGUGAAAAAGAGAGGCCAGGGCAGCCGUUCGUGGAUGCAGAUAGAUCGAGAUGGAAACUCACAAGUCGUCGUACUCGACAAAGCAACUAUAAUGAGGCGGUGCUCGCUGCCAUCUAGGGAUCUUCGAAUUUUAGACCCUCUCUUCGAUUGUCAUUCCACGGUACUAAGCCGUGAGAAAGCAAUUGUCAUCAAUCUAGAGCAAAUCCGAUGCAUAAUCAUGGCCGACGAGGUUAUCCUAAUGAACUCUGUGGACAGUUACGUCUUGCAGUAUGCCUCAGAGUUAUGUCUACGGCUCAAGAAAGACCACACUGGUAAUGUUUUCUCCUAGAGCAACGCCAGAUCCAGGGGUUCUGCUUGGCUUCUGUUUAGUUGUUUAUAAAAAGAGCCCGCUAUGGAUUUCUUGCAUUAAUCCACUGGAUUUCUCAUAUCAAGUGCUUUCUCUUUGUGUCAGAUGACCUACCUUUUGAAUUCAAGGCACUGGAGCUUGCCCUGGAGAUAGCCUGCGCGCUGCUUGAUGGCCAAGUAUGAGUCUGACCUUGCCAUGGCCAUGAGUUCCCCGACCCAUAUUUACUUCAGAAGUUCUUGUCUUUGCGUGGUUUAUUUUCUUCACAUGAUAUGCAUGUAUGACUGAAGUUGUAGCUCAGAGGCUUAGAAGUCAAUUUAUAUGGUGCAAGCAGGUAAAUGAACUCGAAAUCGAGAUUUAUUCGCUGCUCGAGGAACUAACUUCGUCCAUUAGCACCAGCAAACUAGAUCAUGUGCGCAGGCUCAAGAGCCGUCUUCUGGACUUGACUCACCGAGUCCAAAAGGUACAAGUGAAGUCAUCCGGAAGAAUCCUCUUCAUCUGAAUUCUCCAACCAGCAAAUAAAUGAUUCGGGCGGUUCCCUUAGGUCCGGGACGAGCUGGAAAACCUGAUGGACGACGACGGCGACAUGGCCGAGAUGUACCUGUCAGAGAAAAAAUCCCGGGCAGAGGAAUCCGCCAUUGCCGAUCACAGACCAAACGGGGUAAUCUCAGAACUAGACUUUGGCGCAUCGAAGACUGCCCUGGUAUCGCAUCUGAGUUCAAGCAGUAGACUUGCUCAAUUGGAGAAGGCCUCGAGCUUGAAGAGUUCUAGCAGCGUAAUUCACAUCGAAGAGCUUGAGAUGUUGCUUGAAGCAUAUUUUGUCGUCGUUGACAAUACUCUGAGCAAUCUAUUGUCGGUAAGUCAUAGUUUAUUCCUGUUUAUCAUUUUUUUUGGCUCUGUUUGUUUCUCACAUGCGCUUCGCCGGGUGAUUCUGACGAGCCAGUUGAAGGAGUACAUUGAUGACACCGAAGACUUCAUCAACAUCAAACUAGUGAGGACAACAUAUAUCAUUAAUAGUUAUUUAUUUUAUGUAUUUUUCCCGCAAUUAUUGCACCUUAUGUUCAUCCAUUUUCUUUCUUUUUUUUUUUUUUGGAAAUACGAAUGCCAGGACAAUGUUCAGAACCAGCUGAUCCAAUUCGGGUUGCUCCUCUCAGGAGCCACGUUCCUUGUGACGGCCUUUGCAGCUGUGACGGCGGUCUUUGGGACGAACUUUGCUGACCCGGUGUUUGACCUUCCAUCUAACUUUGACUCCGCCCUGAUAUCAACGGGCUUCUGUUGUGGAUCGAUAUAUCUAUUCUUCCUUCUUUACGUCAAGCACAGGAAACUGCUAGAUUUAUAG